GGGGAGGUGGAGGGACCCCGGCCCUAUAGCUCCUGCUGGGGGUAGCAGGUUGUGUCCAGCCCCUGAUUCCUCCAGAAAUUUUUUAAAAUCACCCCUGGGGACCCUGAAUUCCCGAGUCACCUAGGGGAGGGUCACCAUCCUACCAAGGGCUUUGCAGCCCCCUUUCUCUAGUGUAGGGGGAGCUCAGGGUUAGUCCCCAGGAGAGAGGGGCUGUAACAGGGUCCCAAGCUCCUCUUUGCUGCUGGAGCAUCAUUAUAAGGCCUGGAGUCUUCAGUUGCCUUUUUCUCUCAAGCAUCCCCCUCCCCCACCCCCCAAAAAAUAGAUGCUGGGCAAAUAGCCCUAAAUACAGGUGUCCCCAGCACUGUGACGGCUGGAAGUUCAGGCAGUUUUAGGAUUUGUCACCCUCUCCAUCCCACAAUGAAAAGCACCCGCGGCAGUUCCUCAUUCCAAGCCGUCAAUACCAAUGGCUUGGACCUGAGUCUAACAGGCCUCCCACUGCAAGUCUUGCGGCGGCCGAGCAGUGCCUCUCCAGCUAAGCACAUCGCUCGUUCCAUCUCCGUCAUCACCGAGAGCAAGCCCAGAAGGAACACUCCGGAAGAUGCAGGACUUGGCUGCUCCAGAGCCAUUAAUAAUCUCCGGAGAUCCAAUAGUACCACCCAGGUCAACCAGCAAGUGAACGGUGCUUUUCGUGCCGAGCAGCCUGGAGACUUCUUGACCUUCUUUGACAGCAGCUCUGGGGGAAGAAAAAAGCUGGCAAGUCUGAGCAAAACCUCUCCAGAAAAGAAAACCACAUGGAAUAUCCUGGACGAUCAGCCCAGGGUCUUCCCGAUCCCAUCCAGCACCCGCAGCUCCAGCACGCUGGAGUCCCCAGCAGGCAUGAGGAAGAAAGAAACCACUGUGCUGCUGGCACCUAACUUCACUGCCAAUAACAGGAGUAACAAAGGAGCCAUGGGCAACUGCGUCACCACCAUGGUGCAUAACAACUACUCCACCGCAGACAAGGCCUCCACGCCGAAAAGUUCCAACCAAGCAGCAACUUCCCUCAACAAUAUGAUCAAGGCGACCUCGAAUGAGGACAGUGAGAGCAGCAGCUUCAAGAAGUCUCAGAAGAACUUUUCCAGCAACAACAUAAUGCCCCGCAACGACAGCCGCAGCCUGCUCAAGAGGAAGGAGGUGACGGAGGAGGAGGCAGAGAGGUUCAUUCAUCAGGUUAACCUGGCAGCUGUGACCAUCCAGCGCUGGUACCGACGCCACUCACAGAGGCACAAGAUGGGUGCAGCCGCUCUCGAGCACUUGUUGGCUUCCAAGAGAGAGGAAAGACAGCAGCCGCGGAUGGAGGAGGGGAACGUCCUGGACUUGCAGCGGAAGAAGGAUGAGGAGAGACAGAGAAUCCGGGAGGAGAAGGCCCAGCUGGCCCGGCGAGCUGCUAUCCAGGAGCUUCAACAGAAACGAGCCCAAAAGGCCUCUGAUGCGAAGCGCCUCGCGGAGGAGGAGCUGGUGCUGCUGAAGGAGAGCAGACGGGUGGGAAGGAAAAAACCCACCAAGCCGGCCUCUGUGAAGAACAUCAGUCCCUCCAACAGCGUCGUCAAAGCCAAUAAUGCAGAUGCAAAUUUCCGCGCAGCAGCUGCCGAGCCCGAAGAAAUCUCCCCCCCAGGGCCCGGUUCGGGCACUGGACAGGAUAACGCGGCAGAGGACAAACCGCAGGAUGUGAACUCCAGAGAGCUGGCCAGUGAGGAGCUGCAGACGGUGGUCACUGCGACCAGCAGAGCCCAGUCCAAGGUCACCCUCAAUGAGCUUCUGGACACCCUCAAACUGCUGGAGGAGGAGCCGGAGCUGAUGCCCCAACCUAAGCUCUACAAGAAAGACAAAUAUGCCUGGAUAGAUGGGACUCCUGUGUCCAUGAAAUCGAGACAUCUUCUCCCUGAGCAGGAGGCCGACUCAAACUCCCUGACUGCUGACAACCUGGAGAAGUUUGGAAAGCUGAACCAUUGCCCCGGCGUCCCUGGGGACGGGGCUCUGCUCUCCGAAGCCAAGAUCCAGAGCAUCAUCACCUUCCUGGAUGAGAUGGAGAAGUCGGAGCAGGAGCGGCCCAGAUCUGCUGCCUCUGCCACUCAGCAGGAGGGGCUCUUGUCUGAAGAGGAGGUGGCCCACCUGGAGCAAGCUUCAGCCGUAGCAACAGAGGUCACCAGCUCCAUCAUGAGGCUGAAACUGGAGGUGGAGGAGAAGAAGCGAGCCAUCACCCUGCUGCAGACCGCGCUGGCACAGCAGCGGGAACUGACCGUGCGGCACGUCAAAGAGACUGAGAAGGAGCUUGGCCACCAGCUCCAGCUGCAGAGAGAGCAGUACGAGGCUGCUAUCCAGAGACACCUGGCCUUCAUCGACCAGCUGAUUGAUGAUAAGAAGGCUCUGAGUGAGAAGUGCGAGGCUAUGGUGGCAGAGCUGAAGCAGGUGGACCAGAAAUACACCAAGAAGAUUUCCCAAAUGCAGGAGCAGCAUGAGCUGGAGAUCAAGAAACUCAAGGAGCUGAUGAGUGCGACUGAGAAAAUCCGCCGAGAGAAAUGGAUUGAUGAGAAAACCAAGAAGAUCAAAGAAAUCACUGUGAAAGGGCUGGAGCCUGAGAUCCAGAAGCUAAUUGCCAAACACAAGCAGGAAAUCAAGAAGCUGAAGACGCUGCACGAGGCAGAGCUGCUUCAGUCGGACGAACGGGCAGCCCAGCGCUACAUCCGCCAGACAGAGGAGCUGAGGGAGCUCCUGGAGCGGGAGAAGGAGGAGCAGGGCCAGCGGGAGAGGGAGCUGGCCAGGCAGCGGUACGAGAAGCACCUGGAGCAGGAGGAGCAGGCACUCCAGCAGCAGCGCCGCAGGCUCUACGGCGAGGUCGCUGAGGAGAAGGAGCGGCUCAGUCAGCAGGCAGCCAGGCAGAGAGUGGAGCUGGAGGAGCUGAGGCGGCAGCUGGAGGAGAACGGCUCCAUAGUCACCAAGGCGCUGAAGGAGGAGUACGAAAAGGGGAAGGAGGAGCAGGAGAGGCGGCACCAGGCGGAGGUGAAGGUGCUGAAGGACAGGCUGGAGAUUGAGAAGCAGGCGUGGGAGGCUAACUACAUGAAGAAGGAGGAGGCCUGGCUGCUCUCCCGGGAGCGGGAGCUGAAGGAGGAGGUGAGGAAAGAGAGGGACAAAGAGAUCGAGCUGGUCAUCCAGCGCCUGGAGGCCGACAUGUCGUCUACCAAGGAAGAGUGCGAGAGGGUGGCAGAAAACAGGAUAAAGAGGGUCCGAGACAAGUACGAAGCGGAGCUGCAGGAGCUGGAGAGGUCUGAGCGGAAGCUGCAGGAGCGCUGCAACGAGCUGAAGGGGCGGCUGGCUGAGCGGGAAGGCGAGAACAUGCACCUGCAGGGCCUCGUGAAGCACAAGGAGCAGGAGGUGGAAGACAUCAGGAAGGUGAAGGACCAGCUGGCCAAGGAGAGGAGCAGCCUGUCGGAGGUGAUUCGCCAGGAGUUUGCGGACAGGCUGGUGGGGACGGAGGAGGAGAACAAGCGGCUGAAGGCAGAGAUGUCGGAGAUGCGAGCCCGCCAGCGCCUGGAGCUAGACAGGAUAGCCCGGGACAAGGAGGAAGAGCUGGAGGAGGUUCAUAAGAGAGUGAAGAUGGCCAUCGUGAAGAAAGAGGAGACGGUGAAUGUUCUUCGGAAACAGUACGAAGCAGCUAUGAAGCGGGCAGACCACCUGGAAGCCCUGCUAGAGCAACAGCGAAAACAGCUGCUGGCUACUAACUAGCAACCAGGGCGCCGUCCCCCUCCCGCAGUACGGCAGGAACAGGGGCUCCCGUUGCCCAGGAAGUUGCUCUGUGGUCGCGGGGCUGGAAGUGGAGUCUCCCCCUCCUCCUGUGCUGUUCUCUUUUUACAACUUCCGUUACUUGUGCCUCAGCCCGACCCCUUGCUGGAGAGGACUCCCAGUGCUCAGGCUUUUGUGUGGUAUUUUAACAGUAAACUGCGUGCGUGUUUCUAAA